AAAUAAUUUAAAAUCUAAAUUGAAUACACCCCUUAGUCUAAAGUAUAAAUUAAAAAAAAAGUCUUUUGCAAAUGCAAAGAAAAAGGCCAGGGAUUCUGCGUUCCGCCUCAUCUUCUCUUUCCACCGAUCUUCUCCUCUUCAUAAACCGCAACCCCAUCUUCUUCAACCUCAUCUUCUUCGGCAACUGCAAGAGCUCAUCUUCCCCGUCUCUUCCUCUGUCGGCGCAGGUUUUUCUUUUCUCCAACUUCCCUCCAUCGUCCUCUAGUUCACGGAUAUGACUUAUGAGCAAUGGACAACCAAAGAAAGUGAUGUACUGUUACAGCUCAUGUUAGAGCUAGAGGGAUGGCGUGAUAAUAGUGGUAUUUUUUCUAAGCAAACAGUGAAAGAGAGGUACUUCCUGAGCUUAAUAAAAGACUUGGGUGUCACAAGAACUAUCUCAAUUACCAAAGCCGAUUGAAGAUGUCUUCUUGAAGAUGUCACCUGAAGAAUGGUUAAGUUGGAUACACCACAAGAUGAGAGGAUAAAAUGAGAAGAUAUAUUAGAAUGAAUGAAAGAAUUAUGUGACUUUAUUUUAAAUGUGUUAUGUGACUUUAUUUUGGCUAAGAGUUAAGAGUACUCGUGGUUUAUUAAAUUAUUUUUAGGUACUUGUGGUUUAAUCAGUUAUUCUAAAUUAUAUUUGGUUUAAUAUCUUCUUAUGAAUCAAUAGAUCUAAACAAUCUAUCAGAAUCUUAUAAAAUCUAGAUUGAAUGCACCUCCUUACACUGACAUAAAGUAUUGGUGCGUUAACAAAAAUUAGCAUUAUACCUGAAAGGUAACCACGGUUGGAAGGGCAGCGGAAGUACAAAAUUAAGUUCCCAAUAGUGACUACUAGCCCAAGAACACGUACUAAAAUUCUAGCUAGAUAUAGAAACUUCUACUUUCUCUAGUUAACGGUAAUGACGUUGAAUCGGGGAAAGGUG